UUACUUUGUAUUAAGUCCUGUCUCUUAAAACGUAGUGAUUAUAUUCUCUUUGGUCACAUUAUCAACUAUCAAGUCUUAUCGAAAAUAUUUCUAUUUUCCAAGCAAUUUAAUCAAAAACCGAUAAAUUACUUACUUUCAAUGUAGUGAUUACUAUAUUGUGCCACAUUAUGGAAGACGAAAUUGAAGAAUGCAUCAGAAAAAAGAUACAAUGGCCACAGUUGCCUCCGAACGUAAAAAAGCUGCUGGGCGACUCCUCUAAAGACUAUGACAGAUAUGUAUUUGAAUUCAGUAUUAAAAAUCAACUAAGGUAUAGAGGGAGUCUUGUACGAACAGUUCGUAAGGAUGAAAGAAAGUAUUAUGAAACCCUGGUGCAGAGUAGCAUACAGAGGCUCAUGCUGUAUCCAUAUCACUUAGCAGAUAUGAUUGUGAAAGGUUUAAGAAUAACUCCAUUCAUAUACUAUGUGGAAGUGGUGGCUUUGCUCAUUGAGAUGGAGAAGAGUUAUGAUACAAUGCCAAACUUUACUGCAGCUGAUUGUUUACGUCUAUUAGGCAUAGGAAGGAACGAGUAUCUAGAGCUGAUUGCGAAGGCUCGGUCUCUGGGACGUCGUGGACGUGCUAAGGCGAUACGCGCGCUACUGCCGCGUGUUCCUCUCUACAUACCUAUGCAGCCCUGGUGGCGCGUUGAGCUGGGAUACGUCCUCGAUGAGGAUGUUAAGCCACUGACCGAGAGCGAGAGGGCUUUGAUCGACUUGUUAAUCGAUCGCGGCUCGCAGACCGCCGGCACACUUGACUAUAACGUCGUCAAGACAUUGUACAGACGCGGUCUAAUAUACCUGGACGUGCCGAUCACGGCGGCGGACAGGGUCUCCGUGCCGCCGCUGAAGGGUUUCGUCAUGAACCGCAUCGCCGGCGACUACUUCGAGACGUUACUCUACAAAGUGUUCGUGUCGAUAGACGAACAUACUAGCGUUGCUGAGCUAGCCACAGUGCUUCAGGUGGAGUGUGAGUUGGUGAAGCAGGCAGUAUCUCUCUACUGUCGGUUGGGGUUUGCGAACAACUUGCAGCCACCGCCCGUCUCGCCGCAGCAUCCCUCGUGGAACGAUGCUGUCACAACUCAUAACCAUCCGCCGUACAGACAAAUCGCGCCUUUGACCUUCGAAUCGAGCAUGGAUGACGAAACAAUACAAAUGGAGCCGGUCCUCAUAAAGCAAACACCGUCUACUUCAAAACAGAAUUAUCCAGAUCCGUCAGAGACUCCAAACGGUGGCCGCAGGGUGGCGCUACUGUUCGAUUCGACGCUGGCGGCUUACCUUAUGAUGGGCAAUUUGUCACCAGAUUUAAAGAGUCAUGCCGUAACUCUGUUCGAAGUGGGCAAGCUCAGCGACGAGAGUUUGGACAGUUUACUCAUGGAGUUAGACAAGGUGGCAGCGGACCCAGAGAUUGAGGGCGAGGCGCGGCGGUAUCUAGCGGCUGCAGCGAGUCUGCGUGCAGCGCUGCGGCGGUUACGUUCAGCGCUUCGACCGCUGGACCUGUUGCGUUGUGAAGCGCUGCAUGCUCUGGGAACAUCGGCAAGGCAACGGCUACUUAGUACUAAGUACAGACUGGCGAUCUCGACGGCGCCGCUGUCCCGCGAGGCGCGCGCGGGCGCGGCGGCGGGCGCGCUGCCGCACGUGGGCCCCGCGCCGCCCGAGGCCGCCACGCCCUGGAUGCGCCUCUACCUCUACCACGUCGCCGGCUACGGACCGCCCACGCUGCUGCUCAAGAAGGGCACGACGUUGCGCGGGGUGCCGCGCCUGCUGCUCGGGUACGCGCGCAUCGCGGUGUGGUGGUGGGGCGCGGAGGCGGCGCUGGAGGCGGCGGGCGCGCUGCCCGCGCCGGCGGCGCUGGCGGCCGCGAGCUCGGCGCUGCGCCGCGGGCCCGUGCUGCUGCAGGCGCUGGGCGUGCGCCACGCCGCCGCGCUCACGCACCUCGUCUUCCCGCCCGACGCCGACACUUCUCCCGAAUCACAAGCGCUGUGGUCGAGGCAUGCGGGGCUCAAACGGUUGUUGAAGAGGCUACGGCUGUACCGCACUGCGGGAUACAUUACGUUGGCCGAUAUCGGAGUACCUGACCUGGGCUGCGCGCACCCGCCGGCCAACGUGCAGCUAGUACAAACAAGAAAGAAAAAAGAUAUAUGCGGCAUGGCCCAUCCUGUUAGCGAAAUAUCCCUUUCUUCAACGGACUCCACUGAAAAGGCGUCUGAAGAGAGUUCCAAAAUCAAAAGUAGGUUACAAUCGCCGAUAGAGUCGCACUUCGCUGUCACGCCCACAACGGAUAGCAAGAAUAGCUCGCCAGCAAAUGGUUUCACGAGUGUAGAAUGCGGCCAACUACUGUGCGAGGAGCUAGACAACCUCGCUAUAGACGACAAAUCAAAGAGCAAAGAGUCGAUAACCGGCAGCGACGAGUUAGUUCCCAUACAUUCCUCAUCGACGAGUAUAGAAGACUUGAAAGACAGACAUUCCAAAGAGAAAUCGAUCAGCAAAGAAUCGAUAGCUCUAUCUGACGAUAUAGUGCCGGUGCAUAUGCCAGUCGAUAAGACUGAUGAUGUUAAAUCGAAUCAGUUGCCUGAUUUGUUGAGUCCAGUCGAGGAAUCGAUAUCGAUGUUUACACAGUUGACGGAUAAGUUGACGGAAAUGUCGACAACUGAAGGCGACAGCGGUAUCGAGACUGCGCACAAUAUAUCCGACGAUGAAACAUGCAGGCCGGAGAAAUGGACAAUUCUAGAUCUUCAGUUUGGCAUUCCGUUAUUCGAUGAAACGCUAUGCGAAAAAGUAUGUCAGUGCAUUGUAGAGAAAAUUGCUAAACCUGAAUUAUUAGAAAAAGUGAAAGAGGACAACGAUUUUAUAAGAUCGGAUGUACUUAAGUUCGUGUCACAAUGUCAGUACUAUCCAGGCGAAGACAUGGGCAUAGUAAAAAGGGGUACACUAGUGCCCCUGCCGAGAAAGAACUUGGCGUUCGAGAAUGGUCGCAUCAGCGAAUGGGGCGGGAAGUGAUGCUGUCCCCCUCGCACACACGCGCUCCCCUCUGAGAGCGACGGAGACAAAACAUGUAUGAGUAUGUGGUUCUAGAUUGCGCUUUAUUUUGUAGAUAGUAUAGUUCUUAUGACGUGCAAGAGUGCCGCGGUUGGGCAAAACCAUAUUUAUAUUGUUUUGUCUCUCUCUGAUAAAUUGCAUCUGAAGUCAGUGGAAGCAAUACAGAGAUAAAGACUUUAUUAAGGCCCCUUGAAUAAUAGUCCAGAUGAUCUAGAAAAAUUCAUAGACAAUUCAGACAAAUGCAAAGUAUGUCACAUUAUCCAAAUUCAUUGGACACUUCUCCUUCCCCCUAACUUAUGCUCUAAAUAUAUGUUUUCCUUUUCUAAGACGUUCAAUAUUACCUCUAUUAUGGACUGCUGUCCAUAUACAGCGGUGUCAUGGUUACGUUUAGUAUUGAGACUCUUGCGCAUCUGUCCUCUGUACUAUAGUAUUUCUAGAAAUUGAGUUAUAUCAUACAAUACUAGUAACCAUUUCAUUUUGAACUCCACCCGCGGCACUGCUUGCCUGCACUCUACAAUAGUUACCAUAAAAAUGUGUCCUUUCUAACUGUAAUGUAAAAAAGGUAUAGAUGGAAAAUGUAUAGGAAGAUGUAAUAUUAGUGUAUUUAGAUUCAAAUUGCAGGAAUUGAAUUGUUUUAGAGUGAUUCUUUUUUUUAUUGUACAAUUAUUUACUGUUAUGGUGGGGCCACAAUAAGGUCUUUGGGUAUUCAUAAUUACCGCACCAAUAUCGCUAUAUCACAAUUUAUAACGAUAAUUUGACAAUAGUAAUAGAUGUUUGAUGGAGAUACCAUGCAGUUUUUUAUGCUUUAUUUAUUUCUAUGUAAAGCUAUGUCAUUCACUUUACUGUGGUCCUAGCAUCAGAAAACAAAUAUUGUAUAUUGUAAAAACGCGUCGUUUGCGUUAUUAAUUUGUUUGUAUUGUUAGUAAUACUUAUUUGCAAUUCGUUCAACUGUCACUUUACAAAAUACAGAUAAAGCUAUUAUUUAUUUAGUCAUUGGUUAUGUAUGUUGUGUAUAGAAAAUAUGACGUUGAAAAAUCAAACUUGAAGCUAUGCUACUAAGUGCCAUUUUUUUUUAUUUAAUAAACACCACCACAUUUUUAGGUGUUGAAAAAAAAAUAAAUAUUUAUUAUAUUGUCUCAAGUGAGUUUAUGUUUGUUUUCAUUGCAAUUUAAUUUAAUUUACUUAUAUUGUUAUUAAAUUUUACCAUAAUUUUAAUUAUCUACUUAGUACUUACCAAAUUGUAAGAAUUUUUGACUUUAUUCAUGUUACAUACGAUUUCACGACAAUCCUGUUUCCUUGCAAACAUUAGCACAUUUUAUAUAUUCUGUUUAAAAUCAUAAACAUAUCAUGUUAUUAGUCUGGGUUUAUACAUUUACUUGCUUAAUUUUGAAAUUAAGUAAUAUUAUAAUUUCGAUAUCUUUGUUUUAACUGUGAAAAUGACAACUGAUUUAGUGACUGUGAAUUUUAGGUAGAUACAAAUUAGGAGAGACCCCGCUAAUAAUUUUAGAAGUGUUCUAUAUUACAUCCAUAGAUACUGCCUUAUGGUUCGAAAUUACCAAAAUGGAUACGCGCGGGUUGUGGAACAGAAACGAAGCAAUCUCAUUGGCUAUUUCAAAAAUGCUUUAAAUUCCCGAUAAUUAUAAGACCAUGGUCACCCUAUUCCAAGGCAUAGACAAGUAGAACGUGAUCGUUGUCUAUGGUAUCUCUUAGCGGUUAUCUAUGGGUUGUUCAGACAACUGAUUUAGUGACUGUGAAAAUGUCCAUUAAUAUAAAGCUAUUAGAUGAAUACAUGCAUAGCUUGUGCUGUAUUUAGAAAUCUAUAUUUUUAUUCUUCUUUUACAAUUCUGCACAAGAUAUUCUAUAUAGGCAUGUUAGGCAAUAGAAGGUCGUUAUUUAAUUUGCUUUGACAGUUUGUCACAAAGAGAGUAGGCACACGACGCGACGUUUUUUUAACAGGACUUUUUUUAAGGAGCUUGUUUAAGCAACUUUGUAUGCUUAGGUCCUAAUAUCUGUGUUGUUAGAGGAUUAUUUGAUGAUCCCCUCCUUUUGCCACAGUGUUUAUAUACAUUAUAGGCAAAGGAAUCGUAGACCGUACAGUCUUGUAUGCAAUGUUAUCUGCAAUUAUCUGUAUAUUAUGUAUAAUGAAACAUUGAUGUUACAAAUCUUAGAUAUCGAAAUAGUUUGAAUGAUUUUUGAUAUCAUUGUAUGUAGUUAACUGUCGCGUCAUAUUGUCUACUUGUUCUAUUGUGUAAAAAUGUGUUUAUUUCAGACAUAACUUAUUGACUGUAGACAUCUGAAGUAUCAUGAGGCCCAAACAUUCCUUGCUUGUGAGAUUAUCUUUAUGUGCUUGGCUAAGUUUUCUACACAUUGUUAUUUCCAAAUUCUAAAUAAUUUAUAUUCCUUGGGUACAUGUCAGUAUUGCGUGUUGUUAAGUUUUUAUUUUAAAUUGUAUUUCGUAUUAAGUGUUUGUCUUUUAUUUUUUGUGGAACUAAAUAAUGAGAAAA